CGUGACAAUGCGCGGCACGUGACCCUCCCGGCUCCUCGCCGGGGGUGAAGCCGGUUCUGCUGAGGGCGAUGCCGGAGUUGGGGCUGAAAUGAGCAGAGAGGUGAACUAGGAUCCUCUGGAACUAUUUUGAACAGGAUCAGGGGAGCUGGCUGAAUACAGUUGGAGAGCAACUCUCAUAUUGUUUUUAAAGAUGUAGUAUUCCUCCAUAAGGUUCAUUUAAAGUAACCUCUCGCUGUUUGGUUCAUUCUACAAAUACAUAGAACAGUGCAAAGUUCCUGUACUGUGGACAAACUGGUUUGAAAAAUUUAUUCUUGGCUACUCCAGUCUUUCAGCAGUUACCGAAAGGCUAUCACCAUGUCGACCAAAAGGCUGAAAAAUGAAGAUUACAAUGAUUAUAGCUCAAUGGAAAACAGCCCAGACAAUGACAGCUUGCAUUCUUCACCUGACAUUUCAGGAUCACAACAUAAUCUGGGAAAUUACCAGCGUCUAAAUGAAAAAACUGGCACAACGUGCACUGAGACGUUAAUUCACUUGUUGAAAGGCAACAUAGGAACAGGGCUCCUCGGCCUUCCUCUGGCUGUGAAGAAUGCGGGUAUUGUGCUUGGUCCAAUCAGCAUGAUUGUCAUGGGAGUGGUGGCUGUGCACUGUAUGCAAAUGCUGGUCAAAUCCAGUCACCAUCUAUGUGCUAAAUUACAUAAGCCAUUUCUGGAUUAUGGAAAUGUUGUGAUGUGCAGUUUGGAAGAAUCCCCCAACUUGUGGCUCCGGAAGUAUUCAAAUUUUGGAAGGUGGUUCGUGGAGUUCUUCUUGAUUCUAACUCAGCUGGGGUUUUGCUGUGUUUACUUUGUAUUUCUUGCUGAUAACAUUAAACAGGUGGUGGAUGCAGCAAAUAUUACAAGCAAUGACUGUAGUCUAAACAUCUCCACUAUUGAAUAUGGAAGUAUGGACAACCGACUAUACAUGCUGAGCUUUCUGCCAUUCAUCAUUCUGUUGGUCUUCAUUCAAAACCUGAAGUACCUGGCUCCUUUGUCAAUGCUAGCCAACCUAGCUAUGCUUGUGAGCCUCAUUUUGAUUUAUAUCCACCUCUUUGCUAAUAUUUCUCAUACGACAGAUCUGACAAAAGUGGGUGAUUGGAAAUCUUUUGCAAUGUUUUUUGGGACAGCUAUAUUUGCAUUUGAAGGCAUUGGUGUGGUACUUCCACUUGAAAACCAGAUGCAGAGACCACAUAAAUUUCCAGCAAUUCUGUAUUCAGCUAUGUCAUUUGUGACAUUGUUGUAUGUAAGCAUAGGAAUUUUGGGAUACACUUGCUUUGGAGAUGAAAUUAAAGGAAGCGUAACACUCAAUUUGCCACCCUGCUGGUUGUACCAGUCGGUGAAGAUUUUGUAUUCUUUCGGAAUCUUCAUAACCUAUGCCGUCCAGUUUUUUGUUGCAGCAGAGAUACUUGUCCCACUUGCAGCAGUCAGGGUCUCUGAACGCUGGAAGUUGUGGGUCAACCUGGCGAUUCGAACUGCUCUCGUCAUUCUGACAUGUCUCUUGGCAAUCCUGAUACCCCGUUUGGAAAUUGUUAUCUCAUUAGUUGGGUCAGUUAGCAGCAGCACUCUGGCAUUAAUCAUCCCCCCACUUCUCGAAAUUAUUACUUUCCAAAGUGGAGGUAUACACUGGUGGAUCAUUACCAAAAACAUCUUGAUCAGCGUGGUGGGCUUGUUAGGAUUUUUGAUGGGAACCUAUGUGUCUAUUGAACAGCUGCUUUUUCAAACAGAAGCUAUGACCAAUGUCACUCAUAGUUAGUUAGGUUUUAUUCCAUUACUUUGUGUCCUAAAUCAUCUGGAUUUGUUUUCCAGAAGCACUUUACUAUGAGUUCUGUGCAGAUUAAUAAGUAACAAUAUGCACAUAACUUAUCUGGUUUUUAAGGCAGGAGCAAAAGUUGUUUUGGGGGAAAAUGUAUGUAGUUUUAUUUUCCUGAUUUUAGUUUUUGACAGUUAUAGAUGGAAAUUUCCAUGCUCAUAAUUCUAGCUGAAGUACUGUAGCAACUGAAAACUCUGCAGAAUGGGUAAUGCAUAGAGCAGGGAAUUAAAUCAUUGUGGUAGUUCACUCAAGGAGUAGCCAAGUUCUAACUUGGGAAUGGGCAUUUGCAAGUUCUUAUCUGGGGAGAAGUGGAUUGUUUCAAUUUGGUUUUGCAUGCUUGAAUUUUAACCAGGAAAUUAUUUUUCAGUGUAUCUUGAUAUUGUCUUUCUAUGGUAGCUUUUACAACUUAGUUUUAGUGUGAAGGAAAAUUCUGUUUUACACUCGGGUGAAGGAAAGUUCUGUAUCUAUUUCAGCCUUUAUUGUUAAAAUAGAUUUCAAAUGCCACAAAGGGAUUUCCAUUUCCAUAAAUCAGGUGCAGAAGAUAGCCAUUCCUAGGCUAACCUCUCAAUUGUGUCAAUUUAAAGCAUAGCUAAAUAUCAGAGGAGAAUCAGAUUCAGACUAAUUUCCUGAUGUACUAAUUCAAACAAAGUCAAGUUCUGUUAGUCACAAUUCCAAAUUGGAUUCAGGAUGGGCUGUAUCCAUUUCCUGACCUCUGCUGGCAGGAAACAUGGUGAAAAAACAGUGAGAUAUGGGUAUUUUUGAAUUUAGUGAGAUCUGGUUGCAACCUAGCAACUGCCUCCCUCUAGUACAAAGGAAUCAGGUUGACCAAUUAUUCACUUAUUUUUGACCAAUUAUGUGCAAUGAAUUAAGUGUGGCUAGUUUUCAGGAUUUUAAAAUCUUACCUAAUCCAGAAACCUCAAAUCAAUCUGGAGUGAAUUCUGUCAUAAUUCCUUCUGAGGUUGGUUUCUGUCUAGUUGAAUUUGCCUGCUAUGUGUUCAGUUGUAUUUGUGACCAUCUUUGACCAUUGGUAAUUUAAUGUUAGGACAGAAAGCGCAUGGUUUAUUUUAAUUUCCUACUGAGGUAAAAUAGUUAAACAAGCUCAAUGGUUUUCAAAGUGAAAUUAUUGAACAUUGCCAAGCUAUCAGGCACGCACCUGGGGUUUAUUCCAUUCUGGAAAGAAAAUCAAGGUUUCAAGAGAAGGAGUGAAGUAAAGUCAUUUGUACAAAGGGGGAGUUUGGUUAAUGCCAGUUUUAAAAUUUCUGAUUCUGUGGUGCAAUAUUAUUGUUUACACAAAAGAGGGUCUUUUUGAUGGAGUAAUUGAAACUUUGGAAAAGUAAAUGGAUGCUGCAUGAACUCCGAUUUGGGCUUAUGCAGCACGCCUACUGCCACCACUUUAGACUGAUGGCCAAGUAGAGCAAUCUUCAUUUUAAAUGUAUUGUACAGAGAUUUUAUGGUUUUUGCACUUCAUUCAAACAACACUUUCAAAACUAUUUGCAUAAACUCUAAAAUGGCUUGCAUUUAUAGAGCAGCUUUUUAAUGUAACAAAUCAUCCCAAGGCACUUCACGAGAGUCUUAUCUAAAAAUAAUAUGGUAAAUUAUGUAGAAUGUUGCCUGCUUGAGCUAUUAGCAUUGCAUGAUGUAACGAUUAUACAAGUGUUCUAAGUACAUUAGCAGAGACUCUGGCUUUAGCCACAACUCAUUGUAAAUUAGUCUGAUAAUAUGUAUAAAAUUUAUUGUGUUUUGGUGCUGUACAGGCUAUUAUAAACUGAAUAACUAUUUCUGAAAAUAAUGAAUGUCUACCUUGACAGAAUAGAAGUGCAGGUCUAGGUUUGUACAAUCCAAAGUAUUAACUGUUACUAUAUAAUUGUUUCAACUGUUGUUUUGUAAUAAAGAAUUACUGUGUGAUAGAGUGGGUUGAUGGAGAGAAUGAAAGGUAUAUAUGGUGAACCAAAGUGUAGGAAAUACUCUUAUUCUCUUCUUGCUCUCUCAUCUCCAUCCUCUUGUUAGAUAAAUGAUUGGCAGUCUUUUAAAUAACCGGUUCAAGUGUUAAACUGUACUUGUAUGUUUUGGGGAUUAUUUGAGAUCAGCAAUUCAUGGUGUAUCUAACUAGAACCUCCUCAGGGUAAUAUAUACAACUUCUGAGAGGUCCAAUGCUAUGGUGAAUUCCAAGCAACCUCUAGUUAUACAGUUACUUCCUAUGUUGUACUGAUUUUUAUGAAUAAUGUGCAAAGUAAAGCUUGUUAUCUUUUUAUUGCUAAUUAAAGUUGUAUUCAGUA